UACCAUUUCUACUAUUAUUUAUAUUAUUUAUAUUUUUCUUACACGUGUAUAUGCUGUGCGUUAUUUAAAGUAAUCGACAGAACUAUUAAUCUUAUUUUAGGAGUUCUAUUUUUUCUAUUUUUCUUACACGUGUAUAUGCUGUGCGUUAUUUAGAAUAAUCGCACGUUUUUUAUGUCUCCGUCGUGUCGUCGUGCUGCGUGAGUUUCAGAGUUUUUAUAUUUUUCUAUGAGUUUAUUGGUCCUUUGAGGCUUUCUAUUUUUCUACCGGCUGUUGUUUUUAUCCUGUAGCUGUCGUUUUUUGUACAUGAUUUCUAUCUAUUUAUUUUAUAACUAUGUGUAAGGGAGGUUGGGACACUGGGUGUGUAGGGAGAGUUGGGCCCAUAAAAGACUCUUUAACCUACCGCCCCGGUUCUCAAGGCUGGGCACCCAGGGUCCUGCCUCUUUCUUUCUGUUUAUAUGUUAUUGUCUGUGUUUUUGUACGCUUGGGUAUGUUAUUGUCUGUGUUUUGUGUGCUUGGGUGGGGGAGGUUCUUUCUUUUCCUCUGAGCUAGUAUGCUAUAAACAUGUUUUUUUCAUGCAAAGAAAGCCGGCAAAACAAACGCCCAAAUUCCAUUCCGUCGGUUGAUGCCGUAAAAAUUUAUUCCUUCACCGGCAGACUUAGACUGGAUUAUGGCGGAUCAAGUUGUACCGCAAGCUGAACAUUUAGAGCUUGCAGUUGAAGUUGCAGAAUACUAUGAUUUCUUUGAAGAUGAUUUACCAGUCCUACAUUGGCUAGACGUUUAUUACUGGAUGGAACUUGAACCACCAGCUAGCUUUGGCCAGAUGGACUUCCAGUCCCAGCCGCUGGACUUCCAAUUCCAGCCGCUGGACAUCCAGUUCCAGCCGCUAGACUACAAUAACAUACAGUGACUACAGUAACAUUGACUAUAACAGUAACAUCAACUAUACUUAUAUACAGCAACUAAUAACUACUUAA